ACUCAUCAAAUCCGUUUUACUCCACACGUUUUACUACACGUGGUCAGUAUAGUUUAAAUAACCGCAGUUUCUGUUUAUAUGUUCUCACACAUAAAAGAGAAAUGGAUUUAAACUUUACGCUCUCGAAGCGCGACUUUGGCGCGUUGGCGGGGAGACUCUUUGGGAAUAACUCACUGAUACCGUUUGAUAACAGCACUGCCGCUUCCAAAACGGAGGAGGAAGACUUGGAAGUGAACACGGACAUUUACUCCAAGGUGAUAGUCACUGUCAUCUACGUGGCUCUGUUCGCUGUGGGCUCUCUGGGAAACUCCAUCACCCUGUACACCCUGCUGACCAAAAAGACCCUGCAGAACCUCCAGAGUACCGUGCACUACCACCUGGCCAGCCUCGCAGUGUCCGACCUGCUCAUCCUCGUCCUCUCCAUGCCCAUCGAGCUCUACAACUUCAUCUGGUUUCACUACCCGUGGGUGUUCGGAGAUGCUGUGUGCAGGGGUUACUACUUCCUCCGGGACAGCUGCUCUUACGCUACGGCUCUCAACAUCGCCAGCCUGAGCGUGGAGCGCUACAUGGCCAUCUGCCACCCGUUCAAGGCUAAGAGCAUCAUGUCCCGCAGCCGCACCAAAAAGCUCAUCAGUGCCAUGUGGAUCACAUCCUUCGCACUCGCUACACCGAUGCUCUUCAUCAUGGGCCAGGUGAUGCGUAACGACGAGAAGAUUUGCACCACUAUCGUCUCUCCUGUCACUAUGAAGACUGUGCUUCAGGUAAAUGCAUUCCUGUCCUUUGUGGUGCCCAUGGUGGCCAUAUCUGUGCUCAACGGGGUCAUAGCCAAUCAGCUACUGAGGAUGUUCCGUGAGGCGGAGCAAGACAACCGUAUCUGCAUCAUCGGGGGAAAUCCCACCAUGCUGAAUGUCACCGUGGAGUCCAACCGUGCACAGUCUCUCCGUCAUGGAGUCCUUGUUCUCCGAGCUGUGGUGAUAGCCUUUGUGGUCUGCUGGCUGCCCUAUCACGCCCGCCGCCUCAUGUUUUGCUACAUCUCUGAGUGGUCCGAUGACUUGUAUGACUUCUACCACUAUUUCUACAUGCUCACCAACGUCCUGUUCUACGUCAGCUCCGCCAUCAAUCCCGUCCUCUACAAUCUGGUGUCUGCAACCUACCGCCAGAUCUUCUUCUCCACGCUGCGUUACUUCUGCCUCCCCUGCCGUCACACGCCCCAGAGGCACCCACACCCUCUGACCCGCCACUCCAUCAGCAUCUCCAGCAACCACACCCUCCACACCAACAUCAUCAAAGACACUGCGUACUGAUCGAGAUGCAACAGAACGCACUUUGUUUCCUCAUACCAAAAGCCGACCCACUGCCACUUUGUGAUUUCUGGUCCGACUUCAUUGAGGCAAAUUCUGCUAUUGGGUUGAAGACUGUUGGCGUAAGCUUGUCUAGUAUUGUGGUGACCAUCAUUGUCAUGUGAGGUCAAGUGGCCACUCAGACACCAGUGUGAUUCAUUUCACACGCACAUUUUCUUCCGUGUUAUUGUAACUUUAUCCAGCAUAACAUGAGUUUGUGAAAUUAAAAAAAAAAAAAAAAACAAAAGAAAAUAUGAUAAUGUAAGAAUGAAAAAAGAUGGACAUAAACAGUAAAUCCUUAAAAUAGAUAUUGAUGUAAAUGUUUUAUACAAUAUGUUUCUGUGUAUGUUUUACUGGGCCAAUCAUUCAAAUUCAUUUAUUGUUGUACAGUGUAUAUGACUGCUCUUUCGGUGUUCUUCAACAUCAACUUAUAAAACUCUCAAAAGUUCUUUAUCUAAAAAAAAAUGGCCUCUGGCAAAACUUUCAACACAAAAACAGUUAUGAUGUAACCCUCCUUUGUGUUAUUCUGGGUCAAUAUCUGUGGCUAAACCUGACUUUCAUGUUUGAAAAAAAAACAGGGAAAAGAGCAGGUAUUUCUCCUAAAUCGAAGCUGCAUUGACAGCUGUAUAGGAAAAAUCACUUGCAGCAUAACCUCUUACUUCUCUUGCACGUUCUGGAUUAGACGCAGGCAGCUUCUCAGAAAGACUUUUGUUGAACAGAAGGUGAGUUCAAAUAAUAGAGCGUCCUUGUCGCAUUGCGUAGGCUGUGAUGUCCAUUGGAUUUUUGUAAAUACUGCAAACAGAAAAUAUACUUAUCUACGGUAACACUUUCAGCAUUCAUGACAACCUUGAGAAAAAGUGUCCCCCCAGAAUAGAAGUGGGCGUAGUUGAUUGUUUAAAGUACUUGUGCAUAACUACAGAGGCAUUUGAAGUGAUGCAUAGACUCAAACAUGCUCACCUGGAGAAAGGAGCACCUCAGUGGAUUCAAGACUCCUGCUGUAAUGCUUUUUCUCCAGCUGCUAUAGCAGCAGGCAAAGAUCUAGGGUAUCCAAGUUUUUCUUCAGGAGGAAUAUAAAGAUGGAGAAACAAUGUGGAAUGUUCUUCAGCUAAAGUACACGAGAGCUGCUACAGAGGAUAAGAGAAAAGCAAUUAGCAUCAUCUUUCCAUGAGUCAGCAACAGCUUUUUGAAAAGCCAAGAGAAUGAAGCUUGUGCUGUGGGUACAUUGGGUUGCUGUUAAUAUACAGUAUUGACUCAAAGAGCAUUUGCUUACAUCCUUCUACAAAUCCUUAUUGGCCCAUUGCAGCCAUCAAGUAUCUCUGGGAAAUACAUCCAUACUGAGCAAUUCUGCCCCUUUGAAUUUACAGUGCCUCUAAAUAGUAUUCAGCCCCUUGGAAGUUUUCUCCUUUCAUUGCUUUUCAAAACUGAAUCAUGAAUGAGCAGAAAUCUCUGAAAUGGAUAUUUGUGGGUGGAAAGGGUGGAGUUGGUAAAACGACAUGUAGCUGCAGUUUGGCUGUUCAGCUGGCUGCUGUCCUGGAGAGCGUCCUCAUCAUCUCCACAUAUCCUGCCCAUAACAUCUCUGAUGCUUUUGAGCAGAAGUUUUCAAAGGUGCCGACUAAGAUUAAGGCCUCUUUGCAAUGGAGAUUGACCCAAGCCUGGGUAUGGCAGAAUUGCCUGUUGAGAUCUUCAAGGAGGACAACACGCUCAGUAUUGGUAAGAAGAUGACGCAGGUGGCCAUGAGUGCUUUCCCUGGUAUUGAUAAAGCCAUGAGCUAUGCAGAAAUCAUGAGGUUAGCAAAAGAAAUUAACUUCUCUGUGGUUGUUUUUUGGAUUUUUUGGACUAUACAAAGAAAGACUCAACCAUGUCAAAAUGAAAACAGUAUUUUAGAAUGGUAAUUAAAAUUAUUAAAGGUUAAACAAGUGAUUGCAUCAGUAUUCAUACCCUUUAAGUCAGCAUUUGGGAGAUGAACCCACUACAGCACUGAGCCUGUGUCUCUUUCAGGUGACAUGGGGAUAAUGAGUGAAAAGCCCUUUUCAAGUCCCGCCUUAUGUUGUCAGUUGGACUGAGUUCUGGGCUCUGACUCUGCCACUCCAGAACAUUUAGGACAAUAAAUCCACUAACUGUGUGAUUUCUAGCACAAAUUGGCAGCAUGUGGUUUGAAUUAGAUGAGUCACUUUAAAUGGGGGUGAACAGUUAUGGAAUUACUUGUUUUGUAUUUUAUAUUUUUAUUUGAUUGAUCAUCCUUUGUUAAAAUCAGUUUUCACUUUGACAUGAAACAAUUCUGUAAAUUCUUGUCAGAAAAGGUAAAUUAAAUUGGCUAUGAUUCAAUGUUGAAGAGCAAUCAAAAGGAAACUUCCAAACAGGGGUGAAUCAUUUUUAUGGGCAAGAAGUAGUGUUCCCUCUAUGUAGUGAGGCAGAUAGAAAGGGUGUAGAGUUUGAGGUUAUCACAGAUGUAUCCACAACCCUAAGGCAGGGUUCAGACUACACAGUAAAAAUAAUGGAACACUUGACAGGAUGUAAGGCAUCAGGACUGGAGGUGGGCAUCAGCCUCAACAACUAACCGUCUUAUACUGUGCCGAGUAUUGAUGCCAGAUCUGGGAGUCUUCUUCAUAUCCAGACAAAAACACUAGUUUGUGACAUUUUUUUUUUUUGUUUACUUGUAACUUCCACAGCCUGUCCAAGAUGUUGAAAAGCAGUGUCCUACACAACAUGGCAACAGACUGGCUUAUGGACAGACUCAUUCUGUUUUCUUGUUGCAACCCACAGACAGAUCCUCAGUCAUUUGCUUCUUUUUUUAGGCCUGAGCACAAGGCAACCUGUAUCAUACAUGUGUGCUGUCACUUAUUCACACUCUUGCUUCUGCAAGCUGAUAGCUACCAAUGCACAGGCUGUGAAAGCUAGAAGCUAUUAUUGGUCUAGUCAAGAACUUUCAGACAGAAUUUCAUGUAUUCCAAACCUGACAUAUCCCUGAUCAAAACGUAAGCAUAGUUCUUGUCGCCAUAAUCAUAAUCUUUCCCCAAGCUUAACCACUGCUUAGUGUGUUUUAAUGCCCAGUGGUUUGUAUGUGUUGUCAUCCAAACACAUCUAAGGGCAAAAUUGUUCAUAGCUGUUUCAAACAGUGAAACUGGAGGAAAAAUUCUUGUUUUGACAAUCAUAACACGACUAAUUGCUAUGUGCAGAUAAAGCAGAAAGAAAGGAUUCUGAAAGCAUUAUUAAUGGACCUGAAAAAGCCAGACUGUACUCAGGAGUUUUGCAGAAACCUUCAAUAUCUGCACUCUUUUUGGAGAUAGGUUUGACAUCACACGUAUACUACCGUUCAAAAGUUUGGGGUCACCAAACAUAAUUGCACAAGGGUUUUUUAAUCAUCACUUAGCCUUUCAACACCAUUAGCUAACACAAUGUAGCAUUAGAACACAGGAAUGAUGGUUGCUGGAAAUGUUCCUCUGUACCCCUAUGGAGAUAUUCCAUUAAAAAUCAGCUGUUUCCAGCUAGAAUAGUCAUUUACCACAUUAACAAUGUCUAGACAGUAUUUCUGAAUUAUUUAAUGUUAUCUUCAUUGAAAAAAAAGCUUGUCUUUCAAAAAUAAGGACCCCAAACUUCUGAAUGGUACUGUACAUGCUUUUACUAUUUUACCUUUACUUUUUAUUGUCUUACUUUGUGCUGUGAUGUCAAGAACAAGUCCAUCCUAUUGACUGCAUCCAUUAUAGACUAGUGCUACCAAAUGAGCAAACAGUACAGAGGGCUUAAUUAUUCACACUAAACGCCACUGAGAACACCGAGUAGUACCAGUAUCUAUUUUUCUGGCAAGCUAAAUUGGUUCUUGUCAAGUACUUGCUACCAUGCAUGAGAGCCUGUUUUUCAUUUAGCAGCUCAUCAGAAUUUUAUUUGUAGAAACUGGCCUAGUUUUCCUCCAGAAAACAAAUGGCCUACAGGUGACCUAAUGCUUGUGUUGUCAGUACUCUGAAGCAGUUGUGCACAUUUUGCAGAGUGUGAGGGAAGCGCUUUCUCCAUGUGUGCACUUGUGUACUCCCCACAGUGCAUGUUACUCACAGUUUGUGCUACUGAUUGGUGUUUUUCUGCAUAGACACUGAUUCUUGCUUUUUCACUUCAUCAAAAGCAAAUAUAUCAGUGAAUCAACAGCACUCGAGCAUGUUAUUCAUGAGGGGUUGUUUACAACUGAGUACAUGGUGUUCUCUACAAGAGAAGCCUUGAUACAUUGAUUUCAAUCUACUGCCAGUGGAAAUCAAUGAAUUUCAUUAUAGAAGUCUGUAGUCAUGGUACAGCAUCAGGGCCACUGUACUCAGUACUUGCACUACUUAUUCCUACUUUUUCAUUUUACCUUGCAGCUUGUUUUUAUGUUUACAAAGUUACACCAAAGGUUGAAAUCGCAUGCUAACAUCUGCUAAAAGAAAUCACUAAAAAAAGAAGCGCAGAAAGAAAUAUCAUUAUAUCAGUUAAACAUUUGUCAUAAACCAAAGCACUGGGCUGACUGAAGUCUUCAUUUUAUGAUGGCGAUAAAAGAACAGUCAAGGGACCUGCAAAGCAUUUGGAUUUUAUACCGAGGAGAACAUUU